UCCCUGAGAUCGACACCUCUUCAAACUCGUUUGUCCCUCUAAUAGGCUCGAAAUACGAGACAAUGCCAUGCAUCCUUAUUAGCAAACCCUAACUAGGUUUUCAUCCAUUCUUCUACGGCAAUACCCUAUGCCCACCCACCCCCGAAGGAAGAGACGAAAAACAACCAUGGCCUCCAAACAAGGAGAACCCCCGGACCGCAUCAGCGCGCUCCCGGACUCCCUCUUAUGCUCAAUCAUCUCUUUCCUCCCUCUUGAAUCCGCCGUGGCCACCAGCGUUCUAUCGAGCCGGUGGCGACACCAGUGGCGGUACCUCUCUCGCCUCCACAUCAAUCCCAUCAACAUGACCAAACAAAUCCGAGACGGAUUCCAGCGAGCCCUUUUGAAGCCCCGGAAUCAUCUUUCAAAACAGGAAAAUGAGCUGGCCGAUGAGAUUCUGUUAGCCAUUCCUAUAAUAUCUCACGUGCUCUCGUGCCAGUUGGCAAAGAACGCGAUCACCGCUUGCAGGAUUUCACACUUUUCAAACCACUUUUAUAAGGUGUUCGAAUGGAUCGAACCCCUCCUCGACGGGAAAAAAGGGGGCGGGAUUCGAGAGCUGUCGCUGACUUGCCUGGGCUACGCCUUUCUGGAAUCCCUGGGGUAUUCUUCAUCGGCGGAGGAGGAGAUGUUUGCAUUACCGGCUAGCGCUUUCCGUUGCAAAACCCUCAGGGUCUUGGAACUCAGCAAUUAUCUGAUCGUAAGCGAGUCCCCGUUCAAGCGUUGUGGGAACCUCGUAUCCCUCAGGCUGAACGGGGUCGAAUUAUGCAACGACGCCCUGGAGAAAAUAAUAUUCAACUGCAUGUUCUUGGAGGAUCUGAGCCUGAGACAUUGUAUAAUUCCUUGGAUCAGAAUCCGUGACAAGAACUUGAAGUCUUUGGAGGUUCGUGGGAUUCGUGUAUGUUACUUCACGUUGCGUGCAAAGGGCCUUAGGGUUCUGGUGGUCAAUGAACUUUCGUGCCCAAAUGGAAGAAUGGUAGUUGACUGCCCAAACCUUUCAGAAUUCCGAACUUCUAGUAUUGAUCAUCUUGUGAGGUAUUCUGGUAUUUACAUGGAAAGCGAUCAUCCAAGUAACGAUGUCCCCCAUGAUCCAUACAAAGUUCCUUUCGAGAAUCUGCGGGUGUUGUGCACCAAUUGGGACUUGAACAGUAUCAGACACGGAAUCAUACUUUCAUACAUUUUGAGAGUGAGCAGGCACCUAUACAAAAUUCAGAUCACAAAUAAGGAGCAAGACCCUGACCAAGCCUACCAAGAUUCAAUAAAUCCCAGUCUUGUUUAGUUGUUUCGUGCCCUCAGCACAUGUUUUGGGCGUUAAAGGAGCGGUUCGAUAGCAUCUCAUGCCAACUCAGGGUCGUUCGCAUUAUAGGAUUUCGUGGGAAAGAUCUCGAAAUCAGCUUUGUUUCUUACUUGAUUAUUAAUGCCACAGUGUUGGAUGAGCUUGUGAUCCAAUGCAACGACGACUGUUCAAGAGCAGGAGCGAUCGCCACGAGGGGAUUGCUGUCGGUGCCAAGGGCUUCAAUCGACGUUCGCAUAGUCCUGAAGCCAGGGAAUGAUUACUUGGCCAAGGUUGGUGAUGAUUUUGGCUAUUGGGUAUUGACCCUGAAGUAGAAAAUGAGUUCGUGUUGAAAAUUUUGGGCACGUUUUGUUGCUUACAAAUCUUACGCAUGCACUUCGUACAAAUUAUUUCAAUUAGACCCUCGAAAAUUUGUUUUAACUGAAAUAUUUGUUUAGCGUUUAAACAAAUAAGUUUGGCCAAGGUU